GACGCGGGGCGCCGGUGGCGCCAUCUUACCCGGCUCCGGGAGGGGUCACAGGUCAGUGCCCGAGCCCUACUGCCAGUGAAGGAAGACCAAGUGGGUGAUAUUGGACGGGCUGUGGACUUCCCGCCCCGGCGGGUGGUUUUUCCUCAGGGCAACCCAGGAUUCCCCAAGAGGACAAUGGAUUCUGGAACUCGCCCAGUUGGUAGCUGCUGUAGCAGCCCUGCAGGACUCUCACGCGAGUACAAACUAGUGAUGCUGGGUGCUGGUGGAGUGGGGAAAAGUGCCAUGACCAUGCAGUUCAUCAGCCACCGCUUCCCAGAAGAUCAUGACCCUACCAUUGAAGAUGCUUAUAAAAUCCGGAUUCGUAUUGAUGAUGAGCCUGCCAAUCUGGACAUUUUGGAUACAGCUGGACAGGCAGAGUUUACAGCCAUGCGGGAUCAGUAUAUGAGGGCAGGAGAAGGGUUUAUCAUCUGUUAUUCUAUCACGGAUCGUCGAAGUUUCCAUGAAGUUCGAGAGUUUAAACAGCUUAUUUAUCGAGUUCGACGUACUGAUGAUACACCUGUGGUUCUUGUGGGAAACAAGUCUGACCUAAAACAGCUAAGACAGGUCACCAAGGAAGAAGGAUUGGCUUUGGCCCGAGAAUUCAGCUGUCCCUUUUUUGAGACAUCUGCUGCAUACCGCUACUACAUUGAUGAUGUUUUUCAUGCCCUUGUACGGGAGAUACGUAGGAAAGAAAAGGAGGCAGUACUGGCCAUGGAGAAAAAAUCUAAACCCAAAAAUAGUGUAUGGAAGAGGCUAAAAUCACCAUUCCGGAAAAAGAAAGAUUCAGUAACUUGAAGGGAAGACAUAAAGUGCUCAUCUGUGAACUGCAGUGCUUAAUCAAAGCAGUCCAGUAACCUGCAAUAGUGAGCAUGGUGCUUGCUCUUUCUCCUUUUAUGACCAUUAUUUUAAAAGUAACUGAUGAGGGGGAUAUGCCUACUAGGAGUCUACAAUGAUGUGGUAUUUAAAGUAUUAUCUCUUAGUUAUUCUAAUUUUUUAACCCAGUGGAGCACUGUCUGCUUUUAAAUUAUCAGAUUAGAAUUUGAUCUACCAAUGUUUUGGGUUCUGUUGCUGAUAUUAAUUAAUGUAAAUUGUUUAUAUUUGGGAGUAUAUGUAUGCCAUGUGUGCUUGACUAAAUUCCCAAGAGGAAUUUUUUUUUUGCCAUGCGCUCUACAUUAUCCUUCAACUUUAGUUUUCUGGGACUGCCCCAGAGAAGGACCUCAGUCUCCUAUUCACACUGUGCUUUCUAAAGACAGAACAAAAAUUGUAUGAGGAGAUCUGUGCUAAAGUUCAGUGAAUAACUGUGGAGCUGACUCCUGUUGUGGAUAAUGGAGUGAUGAGAUUUAGGGAAAUCAGGCCAUAUGUUCACAGGGACUUGACUAGAAAAAGGUAAGAUAAGAACAGUGUUCCCAGUACAAGCCUUGCUUUUCUAAGAAGUGCAUGUUUCACCAAAUGCACUAGGGUGGGUGAGAACACACAGAAGCAUAUAAAAUAAAUUGAAUGUUUCUUGUAGGAAGAAAUUUUACUCUUCCAUUCAGGGUUUUGCCUUUCUUUACCUUCAAAGGUGAAUACUUUGGGAACCAUUACUGGAUUACUAAAUUCUUGUUUAAUCUACAUCCUUAAUUAGGACAGUCAUUGCCUUGUAUAAGUUUAUUUUUUUCCCCACAGAUGCACACACCAGUGCAUUUAAUUAAUUGUUUCUUAGUGUUUUGUCUUACUUCCCUGUGCUCUUUAGAAGAGCUACUUUGCCUGUCAACAUGUUUUUUAGGCCCUUCAUCAGGCUGACUGCAUUUUCCAUACAGAAUAGAGACCAGAAGUUUGAAUAAAAUUAUGUAUGUGCCUCCUUGACAUCAACAGCCACUAGACUCAGUGUUCUGAGAAAGUCUGUGGUAUUUCUGUUUAAUGAGUCAGUCUUAAAGCUUUAAAGUUCACAUGUGUUGAGUUUCUCAUCAGAAGAUUUCUUUACAAGAUCUUGCUGAGUUCGCCCCAGGAUUGUCUUAGUCUUGACAAAGUUUAGCCUAAGAGAAUACCACUUUGCUUCCUGUGCAUAGUUGAGAAACUAUAGUCCUAGGAAGAAACAGCUUUAAAUAUUGGUGGUGAGUUCUCUGUUUUAGGAUCAGGAUUAUUUUGAUAUCUGAACUUAUGUGUGGAGAGUAAACGUAAAAGUGCUAAGAGUAAAGCAUCAUGUAUUGAAUAUUAAAUGUCACUGAAGCAGUAUUUGUGUCCACUUUAAACUCUUAGAAGAUGCUUUUGUGUAGUACCUCUUAGAAAGUGCACAGCUCAACUAUUUUCCAUUUUCAUUACCAGCAAGAGGACAGAUUUGUUGUGUUUUUCUUUAUAAACUAAUGGUAUGUGUUCUAGAUUUAAAGAAAAGUGAGUUGUAACUUUUUAGCUCUGUGUAGUGGUCCAUUUUGAAACUCCUGGAAACAUUUUCCUACCAACUAAAUCAUGUUUUACUGUACUCAAGCCAUCCAAAAGUGAAAAACCCAGAAUUUGAGUCUGUGCAAGUCAAAAAUCUCACAGGAACCAUAGCACUUUGGAGAAGCAUGAGAGUAGAAAAGAAAUACAAUGCAGUUCUACUACAACAAUAUUUCACCACAUUUAAACUAGUUUAGAGCAUUUUAGUUUAAUGCCUUAGCUUCUCAUUACUAAUGACUUAGGGAAUUGUUAUUAGUAUCAAGCAAGACAUUGACAGCUAUAUAAUUACUGAAGAUAGUCAAGGCAAUGGAGAAUAUUGCCAGAAAGAAAGAUCUAUAAGACAGAAGGGAAUUUGUAUUGUAUAUAAGAAAAAUAAUAAAUGAGUGUUUUUAAGACUACUGCUGUCAUAUAUUUGAUCCUUGGAUUAAUUAGUACAUCAAUUAGCAUUGAGAAUUCUAUUCAUGGUGCUAGAGAGUUUGAGGGGUAUAAUAUGUAUGUCAUAGUUCUAUUUGUAGUGAUUAUGCAGUGUAGGUAAUUUAUAAGCUCUAAGGAAUCAGCUUUAUCUAAUUUGAGAGCAUUAAAGUUAAUUACUGCCUGGAACUUUGAAGAGAGAAAAAUUCAGGGACAAGUUGAAAGGCACUGGAACUGUGCAUGUCCAUACCAGAUCACUAAAUUACAAGAUUCAGAAGCUAAUGUCUAGAAUUAGCUGUUUAGAAUUCAGAAGGGGACAUAAGUUUUAACUUUGUGAUAUAUUAGCAAGAAUUGAUCUACUGUGAUGUUUGGGGAGGAGGAGAGAGAGAAAAUUUUUUUUACUUACACACUUGUAUAUGAAGACUGUAUGACACAAUACAAAACUUUUAAGCAGCUUGUUGGGCUUUUUCUUUACUUACCUAUGAGUGGGUAGAAAUGUUUUGAAUCAUUGCAAAAGGGUCAUUUUAAGAAAAAAUGCCAUGAAAUUUUAUAUUCUGGAAAAUAUUGAUUAAAAAAUAAUUGAGUGCCUACCAUGUACAGAACACCUAUGUCAAGUGCUAGAGAGCAUGCCAUGGAAUGCCCCUUAAUUCAAAGAAUCUCCUGUUGAUAAGGAGACAGGAAAAGCAUGGGAAAUGAUAGUGCAUUUGCCACCUGAUUAAGGGGGAUUUAAAAUUGUUUCAAGAGAAUGUGAGAGAAUGAUAAUUUUUUAUAUGAAGGUCAUUGCUUUUAUCUCCACUACUCUUAAAUGGGCUACUAGAGAGGACCUAAUUUGGACAUUAAAGGGAUGUAUUUUUGUGUCCUCGUUAUUUAACAUUUUUUGAAUGGGUCAGGAACUGUCGGUAUUGUCUGCUAUAGAAAUGGGGGUCAUGGAGGAGUGGCAUUCUAUUUUCUAAUAUAACCCCUGUUAGGGCAAUAGAAUUACAGUCAAAGUAUUUAUAAGCCUCUUCUGUGCACUAAGCAUUGUUUUAAGAGCUGUGAUUGAAAGGAAUAUAAAAUAUGGUCUCUUCUCUGGAGCUUUGAUAAAAUUUGCAUGGACAAAACAAGUAGAGAUCAGACUUUAAAGAGUAGGCUGUAUACUUCAAACUGGGGAUAUGGGAAUUCCGAAAAGGAAGGAAUUAGUAUUGUCCAUGGCAAAUAAGAGGAGCCUGACUCCUUAAGAGCUAAUGGAAGAGGAGACAAAUUAAAGAGGGAUUGAAUUUAAUUUGAAUGGAAUAAUAAAGAAGUCAAAGAGA